UAGUUGCGAUUGUAUAGCAGAUUGUUUCACACGUGUAAAUUCGCGAGCAAGGCAGGGAGGCGCGAGACUGCCAAGCCCUCACACUCAGCACUGAAAAUGUACCAGAACGCACGACAACAUUAUGCGCCCCCCUACUAAAAAUCAUCUAAAUAAUAUAGUAUGGAGCGGUGGCCCAUUACACAUGAAUUGUGAGCAUGGUGCAGAUUUAUGGAUGAAAAGCAAGUCGUAUGUCAAGGACAACAUAAUUGCAAUCAAAGCUGUAAAAUACAAAGAUGAAAUCUUUGUAAGCACACCCAGGUUAAAGCCAGGUGUUUUAGCGGGCGUAUGGCUCUUGAUUCAAGCAAAUAAGGGGGUCGAAUUGCAACCAUUCCCAGAAUUACGUUCGCACCAUAUUGCUGAUUGCAGAGCUGUACAAAACGUCAUCGACAUGUAUUUAGAUAAUUUUGGAAAUUUAUGGAUACUUGAUAGUGGGAUUAUAGAAACCCUUGUGUCACCACGCUGCACGUGCCCUCCAAAGAUAGUAAGCAUUAGCUUGCCGUUGAAGAAACUGACAAAACACAUCGACCUCUCUCACUUAACCGAGCCAACAUCCCAGCUGCAAAAUAUCGUCGUCGAAUACACCAUUGCAGGAAAACCUUUCAUGUAUGUAUCAGACGCGUCUCGAGGUGCUAUAAUUGUGUACGACGUAACAAAAGAAGCUGGUUGGCAUGUCACUGCUUGCUCUUCGUCACCUGGACUCCAGCUAGCUUUGGUGAAGCGAGGGCUAGCGCAGUCCGUUCUAGUGCUGAUAAGUCUUAACUGGCCUGGCAUUCUGGAGCUGGACACCGGAAUAUUGAAAAGGAAGAACGCUCAAUCGGCAUUACGAAUGUUCGGGGAGCACACGAAACCAGUUGUUCUGUUAGGCUUUGAUGCACACCACGUAUACUUACGACACACGGAAUGCACAGACGUACUCUCAUGGGAUACUCGCCACAUGUAUAAUUCAUCACACUUGACGGAUAUCCAUUCAGCAGGGCCACGACUUGUGCCUACGUCAGUCACUGCAGAUUAUAAACGCAAUUUAUUGAUAUUGGAUUCAAAUUAUGGCGAUGCUGUUCAAAGCAAUGUUCCUGCGUAUCAUAGAAUCACCAUUACAAGUCAACCUUAAGUGAAAUAAA